GCAAGCGGCCCGUCGGCUGCGAUCACGUUCUGAACCCGAAGUACCCUAAUCUUUGUCCGGAUGCCGAACGCCGAGCUCUCCAGCCGGAGAUGCGAGCUGUGCGAUCGCGUGGGUGCGCUGCUGCAGUGCGGCAGCUGCAAGCAGGUAGCCUACUGCAACUUCACCUGUCAGAAGGAGGCCUGGAAGGCUCACAAGAAGGUUUGCGGCAAGGCGGCGGAGAUCAAGGAAGCCGCGGACCCCAGCCCCGCACCUGAGCCGAGUUGGUCGCCCACUUCGGUCCCGCCACGGGCGCUGCCCAGACCCAAAGUCGUCCGCUCGUCCGCGGCCCCGGCGAAGUUUGAAGACUUCUUCGACCGCAGCGACCUCGACCCGGGCCUGGCGCCGCUGGGGACCUUCAAGGCCAAGAACAGCGACAGGCUGAACUACAGCAGGUGGGACAACGUCGACAGCGACGACGACAAGCCGAAGAAACCCGUGGCCCCGACGAGAACACCAAUGUAUGGCCAACCCAUGGGUAUGCAGCCUGCUCGGGCGAACGCCGAGCCUGCUCGAGUGACGUCGUCCCAGAGACAUCUGGCCAAAAGCUCCCUGGACGAGGCGGAGCGGUAUUUGCAUGAGGUCGCCGGGGAGGUCCUGAACCAGGCGGGCUUCAUGGGCCACGGCAGUGUCUGGGAGCUGGGCCCCGCCGCGGAGAAGAUCGCGCGAAAGUGUCUGCGGAUCCUGGACGCCAAGGUGCUGCCAUUCUUGGACGAUGUGCUGGCAAAGUUCCUGCACGGCUCUGCCAGCUACUUCCUGAGGCGCGCCAUGAGCGCAAGGGACACGGAGAAACGAACCAGCGCCUCGGAUGCCAAAGCCAUGCUCCUGGAGGUGUACCGGGAUCCUGUGCUUGUGGAGGACUAUCGCGUGAACGCUCGCGAGUUCCUGGCGGCGUUGUUUUACGAAGAAGGCCAACCAAGCAAGGCGAAGCAAGUGGAACUGGGGGAGGCACUGGACGCAGGCGCCGAGCCGGAGGUUGCGGUUUCCAAUGGGCGAGAUGCCACGGAGUCUGCCAAGAGAUCCCAGAGCACUUCAGAGGGCUAUGUGGCCCAGUCCGUCAAUGCCUCAGGUACGACUAGCAGACCUGCGCGCACCUUUCCGGAGGAGAGGAAGGAAAAUGCAUCGUCUGUUACUGCUAGCAGACCUGCACGAACCGUGCCUGAGGAGAGGAAGGAAAAUGCAUCGUCUGUUACUGCUAGCAGACCUGCGCGCACCUUUCCGGAGGAGAGGAAGGAAAAUGCAUCGUCCGCUACUGCUAGCAGACCUGCACGAACCGUGCCUGAGGAGAGGAAGGAAAAUGCAUCGUCUGUUGCUGCUAGCAGACCUGCGCGCACCUUUCCGGAGGAGAGGAAGGAAAAUGCAUCGUCCGUUACUGCUAGCAGACCUGCACGAACCGUGCCUGAGGAGAGGAAGGAAAAUGCAUCGUCUGUCGCUGCUGGCAGACCUGCUCGCACUGUGCCUGAGGAGAGGAAGGAAAAUGCAUCGUCUGUCACUGCUGGCAGGCCUGCGCGCACUGUGCCUGAAGAGAGUGAGGCAAAUUCCACGCCAGUCACUGCCAGCAAACCUGCGCGAACCCUGCCUGGGGAGAGGAAGGAGAAUCUGACAGAGAACAGCGUGCAAAGCACACAGCGGCCGAAAGCGGCCCAGAAGAGUAUUCCCUCUAUUGAGGAGGUUUUAGCCAUGCUUGAUCGAGAAGAUGAAGAAGAACAAGACUUGAUGUAUUGAGC